CAAGGAUACCGCAGGUGGAGGGGAGUCAGACAGAGCCAUGGAUUGAACCUGUCGCGCGUACCUGGAGAAAUAGUUUUCUUUUGCACAGUGACACGUAACAGGAGCAUCACAAUGCAUUUGUGCUUCGUUUAAGGAGAGGUUCUGUUUGAAUGAGAAAAUAAUGAUGGUUUAUUCUCAGAUGACAGACAGCAUAAAGCCAUCCCUCUACUCCACCCUCUUCACUCUCCCAAUCUACCCCAACACCAGUGACAACUCCACUCUCCUGGCUGGCUCGCCAACACCCGCUGACUGUAACCGAGAUGGCUCUUCCUCCCCACCUUCCUCCCUCCAGAACAGUUCCUCCGUUCCUUCCUAUGAGCUAACCCCAGCAGAGGUGGUCACACUCAGCUUGGUCCUUGGGGUGCUCUGGCUGGUCUCUGUCUUUGGCAAUGCCCUGGUCUGCCUGGUCAUCCACCGCAGCCGGCGUACUCAGUCCACCACCAACUACUUUGUGGUGUCCAUGGCCUGCGCCGAUCUGCUGCUGAGCCUGGGCUGGGCGCCCUUCGCCUUGCUGCAGGUGGCCUCGGGGCAGUGGGUCCUGAGCGACGCCGCCUGCAGGGCAGUCCGCUACGUUCAGCACCUUGCCCCCGGCGUGCAGGUCUAUGUCCUGCUCUCCAUCUGCGUGGACAGGUUCUACACCAUCGUUUACCCACUGAGCUUCAAGGUCUCCCGGGAGAAGGCCAAGAAGAUGAUCGCCGCCUCGUGGCUGCUGGAUGCCGCCUUCGUGUCGCCCUGCCUCUUCUUCUACGGCUCCGGGUCCGGUGGCCACUGCAGCUUCUUCCUGCCGGACACCUGGGACGGUAUCGCCUACGCCCUGGCGCACCUCCUCCUGGGGUUCCUCGUCCCCACCGUGCUCAUCGUCCUGUUCUACCAGAGGGUGGUCAAGUACAUCUGGAGGAUCGGCACGGACGGCCGAACGGUGCGGCGGACGAUGAACAUCGUCCCCAGGACUAAGGUCAAAACCAUCAAGAUGUUCCUGGCCCUCAACGCGGUGUUCCUCCUGACCUGGGCGCCCUUCUACGUGGCCCAGCUGUGGCAUCCGGGGGAGGGGGCCUCCCGCCGGGGGGCGCUGCUCUUCGUGGCUGUCACCUGGGUCUCCUUCAGCUCCGCCGCGUCCAAGCCCACCCUGUAUUCCAUCCACAACGCCAACUUCCGCCGCGGCAUGCGGGAGACCUUCUGCAUGUCGUCCAUGAAGUGCUACCGCAGCAACGCCUACACCAUCACCACCAGCUCCCGGGUGGCCAAAAAGAACUACGUGGGGAUCGUGGACAUCCCCGUGCCGGCCAAGAUCGUCACCAAAGAGUCCAUCUACGACACCUUUGACCGUGAGGCAAAAGAGAAGAAGCUGGCCUGGCCCAUCAACAGCAACCCACCCAACACUUUUGUGUGAAAAGCGAGACAUUCUGUCAGACGAGACUGAUAAAAACACAUCCUAUAAAUGACAAGAAAAGCUUUACUGCCUCUGCACUGUCAGACUUUUUUACCUGUGUGACAUAACAACAUUUUAGAUGUAUAUCAUUUCACAGCUUGUGUCUCUUCACUUGCCCAGAGAUAUUUGAUGAAUG